AUGACCGAGGUCUCGGCUACCCGCCUCUACUUGGGCAACCUCCCUCGCACAGCUACCAAGGCCGAUAUCGAGGCCCACUUUGCGACCCAUGGCACCGGUGAGAUCACGGAGGUGAAGCUGAUGAACGGCUUUGGCUUCAUCGAGUACAAGGAUCCCAUGGAUGCCCGCGAUGUCGUUCCCGGUUCGUCAGAGCAUUCUAGCCCCCCGAUUUACUAUGCGCAGAUGGACUAA